AUUUGUAAUGCUUACGUCCUUUACUCAUAAAGGGAAAUAUUUUUUUAUAUGAUUCCGUGCUAUCUGAAUCUAUGUGACAACACUUAAUUAAACAAAUCAUAUGUACUAAUUUUAAUAGUUUCAUCAUAUUUAAUGCGGACAUUAAAAGCGAAAAAGUGUUCUUAUAAAAAUGAGAAAUAUAAUAUAUAAUUAAGUAAAAUAAAACUCGAAGAGUGGUGGCUAUUAUAGUGUUUAUUUAUUUACUGAGUCAAUUCACCUAUAGGCAUUAAAUUAAUUCAUUAACUGUAAUUAUUGAAUUAGCUUUCGGCAGUUUGUUGUGUUUGUUAAUAAAGUGCAAGACGUAUACAAGAUGACUCUCGCGGAGUUCUUCAGUUGUUCAUUGCUCGCCUUCGGAGCACCGUUGGCCAUGUUUUCCAUGACAGUAGCCAAUGACCCGGUGCGCAUUAUAAUCAUGAUAGCGGCAGCGUUUGGAUGGCUUUUGUCAUUCCUUCUGUCGUCUGUGGUUUGGUACGCCGUGGUGCCGCUGCGCCCGUACCUGUCGUUUGGAUUGGUGUUUGCAAUCGCAUUUCAGGAAAUAUUUCGCUAUGGUACAUAUAGACUGCUACGUAAGACGGAGGCAGGUUUGAAGGAGAUAUCGGAGAACCAGGACAUUGGCACCAAUAAACUGGAGAUGGCUUAUGUUUCUGGACUUGGAUUUGGACUCAUGAGUGGUGCUUUUGCACUUGUUAAUGUUUUGGCAGAUUCGAUAGGUCCAGGGACGUUGGGACUCCAGAAUGGUACAGAAUACUUCUUCGUCACAAGUUCUGCCAUGACACUGUGCAUGAUCCUGCUCAAUACAUUCUGGAGCGUCAUAUUCUUCAGUGGUUUAGAUGAGAAGAACUAUUUCAAAGUUCUUUGGGUUAUUGUCACACAUUUCUUUGUCUCUGGACUAAGUUUAUUAAAUCGUAGACAGCUAUAUGCAGCUACUUUGAUACCUUCAUAUAUAAUAUUAAUAAUGACAUGUGUUAUUGCAUUUAGAUCAGCCGGUGGGACAUUCAAGAGUUUCAUUCAGACUUUUACAAGAAGAUAGUUUAUUUUGUAGUUUGACUAUUCUGGUUUAAAGUGUAACAUGACAGAGCAUGUCCAUUAUGUAACAUACUUGCUAACAAUUAUCAGAUGAAACCAAUUAAAAUGACUGUUUAUCGCUUAUCUAUGAAUUUGACAGUUGCAGUUGCAAAGAGAACGUAUGGUAUGCAGCUGAUAAUAGAAUAGGAAUAAGUAGGUAUUUAAUAACUUAAUUAUAAAUCAGGCAGGGAAGCAUAAAACGAACACGAUAUUUUUACUGUGGAUCUAUCAUGGAGUGUUGUGGUUUUUUUAUGAACGACAAUCGAAUGGGGCACCCGCCUGGUCUAGUGGUAUACGCUGAUUGGCCAGCAGUGGAGUAUGAUAUGUAAGAUGAGCUUUAAGGUUAGAUUAGUUUGACCAGACAUUAAGCACGAUGGUUUCCAGGAGGAACCGCGUGUACGUCGACUAGACAUGGUACAUUGCUAGCAAUGGGUAAUCCCCAUUACUAAGCAUAUUCUUGUCCCCGAAGUGUUAUGGUAGAACUAGGGUCACAACAUCGUUUCUCCCAAAGAUUCAUGCUGUCACCAUAUAUGGUUGUGCAGAAUUUUUGAACUGGGAAAUACAACAACUUAAAAUGGUGCUGAGAGAUAUCACUUUGUUACCACGUUUCGCGUGGUAAGUCCAUUUUCCUCCAUCCUAACCUAUUCUUGUCUCACUCUCAUACCUAUCCUCUUCCUUCCUUAUAGCAAGAGAAACAUUGUUGUGAUCCCCAGAUGUUCCAGGUGCUCACGGGGAGCGGUUAGCAGUAAAGUACUUAUGGACAAUGAAGCUUGAGGUCACCCGAUGGGGUGACUCUGAAGCUUCUGUGUCCCCUAAGUAUAAAUAGAAACAAAAUACAUUCGUAAUCGCGUAAAUGUCAAUUUCAAUCGGUUUCAAACAAGAACUGUUACAUAAUUAACUGCCAGUAUUCGUUAUUUAAAUUAAUCCAUUAUUGACUAAUAAAAUAUUCCUGGACGCAAUUGUAUAGAUUUAACGAUUAUCGUAUACAGUUUUAGUUAUUCAAUAACCUAGAAAUUAAUCAUCAACAAUGACAAAUCUAGUUUCGCGUACAUUUCGCGUUUAGAACACUUUAUCAAUAUAGAUAAUCGGAGUUUUAACAUAAAAUUAUUCAUGUUAUAACCCAAUUAACUAAAUUAUUGACGGCCGCGGUGGUCUAUCGGUUUAAGACACCGCGUUACCACUG